AUGGCCGCGAUGGAUCUGGACCGCCAACUGUCGGGCACGAGCCGUGUGACGAAGGAAGCUGAGACCGAGUCCGAGCUGAGUCCGGAAGCUGAGAGAAGCUACGCGGAGUCUGAGCUGAGCCUCGAGUGUGAUGGCCGGAGUCCCCGCUCAAGUCGAGAAGCUGAGCGGAGCCGGGAGCAGGUGUCCGGGCGAGGUGGUGCCGAGCCCGAGUCUAGCUUCUACUGUGGUCAUGGAGUCUUCACCCAAGUCGACAAGCUGGCCGAGGACGAAGGUCUGAGCGGAGGGACGUGGGGUCCGAGCCCAGCCUCGAAUGUGAUGUUUGAAGUCUUUGCCCAAGUCGAGAAGCCGAGUGGAACCGUGGUACUGACGGCGAAGUUGGUGGUACCGGCGAGUACACUCAUACGGUGUAUCAUCCAGGAGCCUGCCUACAUUGGGUGCGACCGCUCAAGAUCGCGGACACUUCAAGCAGAUCUCAACAGCCUGCAGCAGCUACACGAUGACGCGCACCGGCGUGGAGCCGCCGCAUUGGCCAAGACCAAAGAUUUUGGACGGAUCUGCAAGGACGCCCGUCUGGGCCCACAGCGUAGCCGUGAUCAAAAGAACCGCCAAGGGGAUCCCAGAGUGAGGAACACACGCCUCGCCCGACCCGAGUCGGAGCUGAGCCAAGCGUUCAAGCGGCUAACUCCAGCGAAGUGGGUGGGAGUGCUCGCUCAGUGGAAGGAGCUCUUGCAGCGCUAA